AUGUCACUGAACAGUCCAGCAAAACUGGAGCGUCUAGAGCGACAUCUUAUGCGACAGCGAGGCGCCGGUACGGUCGCCGUGUCCGCGAAUUUCGGUUUCUACAUCAAAUCGAGCGCCCCAUCCUCCUCGUCCUCCUCCUCUUCCUCACCUGUUGCGGCGGUAUAUGUAUCUCACGAAUCGAAUACGAAGAAGAGGCGGACACAGCUGCAGACUGUUCUGACUUCUGCACCGGACGGGAGUGAGUCUGUUGCUGCCCCUCGUCGGAGCGAGGUUGUGCGGAAGAGUCCACCUGCUAGAGGGAAGAAGCCGUUUGACCAGGGAGAGGGUGCGACACAUGGGUCAAACGCUUUCACGGCUAGCGCGGACGAUAGCUUCAUUGCGCGGGUCAGGACUAAGAGGAAGCCUGUGGAAGCGUCACAAAAUGUCGGGCCAGAUGCAAUGGUGGAGAAAUGCGACGUGGGCGUUGGAGAGGCGGCAAUCAUGCCUCAAGGCCGGCCGGGAAAGCGAGCGGUGGUUCAUGCGCUUGGCGAAGUCGCGAAUCAUCCCACGGAGCAGUCGAUCUGUGUCGAGGGGAAGAGAAGAGGUGGAUUCCAAGGGAACCAUACCAUAAGCGGGGAUAAACUCGAUGCAAGAAGUCGCAAGCAAAGCCAUGGCGCUUCGCCAGUUCUUGAGGGCGCGCACAAGAAGCGCCGCACAAAGGCCGCAGUCACAGAACGUCGCACUGCGGCGGAUGAAGGCCAAGCAGCCCGUCAGGAACCACACGCCGGAGCACCAGCAGCCACGGCCAAGCGGAAGGGUCGGGCUGCAAAACGCGAAACAACGCGGCCGUGCAUCAACGCUACCGAGAUGCCGAAUCGCGACGAAGCAGGAAGCAAACGAGAGCCGCCUCAACGUGUAGCAGAGAUCGAGAUCCAUGCCGUCCGUCGAAAAGUUCUUGCAGUCAAAGCGGACGGAACGGAGGCAGACCGGAUCAAUCAUGCUGUAGGAUCGGGUAGGAGUCGAAUCCUUCCCACCCCUACUGAAGCCAUUGCCGACAGUCCUCGACGCGCGCCGCUCCGAGAAAGCGAUAGGAACGCUCUCUCUAUCUCGCCCGACAAGAAGACGACGGCUCGCAUGGCAGAAUCCGACGAUCACGCCAAACCGCGGAAAGCCAAUUCAACAUCCUCUCGGACCGUAGGCAACGAGAAUCCCUCUUCAAAGAAAGGGAAGACGCCGCAACGCCCAAGCAGUAUCGUACCGGCACCUAUCGAGCAGCAUCCACCAGAAGAAGACGAACACGUCGCCUGGCUCCUGGAGCCCGCGCCGUCGAAGACGCUCGCACAGCCGCACCCAAGUCGGAAGAAAGCUGCUCAGUCUACGCGUCGAACGCGGCCAAAGAUGGCGGACAUCGAUCUGGACGAUUUGUUGUCCGACAUUGCAGCUUUUGCAAAGGUAGAUGCUUGCGUGGGUGUGGGCGAGCGCGUUGAUGCGGGCCGUGGAAUGGGGCAGAAGUCGAAGAGGAGAUGA